AUGAUGAAGCUUUUUAAUAAUUUUACAUGCUUUUUAUCCCAGUCCAUACGUUCACAGGAGAAAAACGUAGAAGAAUAUCACAUGAGUACAAUUGAUGAAGAACCAAUAAAUUAUAAAAACAAAAAUUUUUUGAAAUCCUCCCUUUCAAGGCAUUCCUUAGUCAUCCUUUCUAUAAUUUAUGUUUUGUUUCACCAGAAUGUUUUUACUUCUAAAUGGAAUGAACCAUCCGUUUUACAAUUAGUUAAUACACAUUCUAGAGUUUUAUAUGAUACAGAACCAUUAGAUGAAAAUUUAAAUUAUGAAUCAAAAAAGGUUGAAUAUAAGUGUUCUUGCAAUUGCUCUGAUUGUCCUUGUCCUAUCCAAAAUGAAGAUUCUGAAAAAGAAAAAACUGAAACGCAAGAAGAAAGUUUAAAUAAAGAAGUUGUUGAAGGAUGUUCAACUGGUAUGUGCCCAUUAAGAAACAAUGAUACUAAAAAAGAAAACUGUGAAAGUUGCAAGAAAGAAAAAACUGAAACGCAAGAAGAAAGUUUAAAUAAAGAAGUUGUUGAAGGUUGUUCAACUGGCAUGUGUCCAUUAAAAAACAAUGAUACUAAAAAAGAAAACUGUGAAAGUUGCAAGAAAGAAAAAACUGAAACGCAAGAAGAAAGUUUAAAUAAAGAAGUUGUUGAAGGUUGUUCAACUGGCAUGUGUCCAUUAAAAAACAAUGAUACUAAAAAAGAAAACUGUGAAAGUUGCAAGAAAGAAAAAACUGAAACACAAGAAGAAAGUUUAAAUAAAGAGGCUGCUGAAGGAUGUUCAACUGGUAUGUGCCCAUUAAGAAACAAUGAUACUAAAAAAGAAAACUGUGAAAGUUGCAAGAAAGAAAAAACUGAAACGCAAGAAGAAAGUUUAAAUAAAGAAGUUGUUGAAGGUUGUUCAACUGGCAUGUGUCCAUUAAAAAACAAUGAUACUAAAAAAGAAAACUGUGAAAGUUGCAAGAAAGAAAAAACUGAAACGCAAGAAGAAAGUUUAAAUAAAGAGGCUGCUGAAGGUUGUUCAACUGGCAUGUGUCCAUUAAAAAACAAUGAUACUAAAAAAGAAAACUGUGAAAGUUGCAAGAAAGAUGUUGUUGAAGGAUGUUCAACUGGUAUGUGCCCAUUACGAAACAAUGAUACUAAAAAAGAAAACUGUGAAAGUUGUAAGAAAGAAAAAAAUGAAACGCAAGAGGAAAGUUUAAAUAAAUUAUCUACAAAAAAUUCAACGAAUGAUUCAAUAAAAACACCAAAAAAAAAAUCUAAUAAUAAGAAUACGAAAGAAAACAAUAAGAAAGCUCCCCAAAAAAAGACAAAUGAUAAAUUAAGAAGAGCUCAAUAA